AAAGUGAAAAAAAUGAUUGUAGAGUGAUAAAAAGCAGAGUUGGGAGUAUCAAUUAAAAGCACCACUAAAAUAAAACAUCAAAAUUAACCAAAGGAUCUCCUCUCAUUUGGAGUUUUCAAUCUCUUUUUAAUCAUCUCUGCAUAAGGAAGUUGGGCAGAGCAGAAAACAAAAAUGGCGAGUUCAACUUCAUCCCUGCUAAUGAAUCCAUUGACUUCUGCAAUAUUCAAGACCACCCAGAAGCUUUUCUUGCAGCCUUCAUCGUCAAUUUCUCAGUCUUUUCUCCUUAAUCAACGCCUAAAUUCACUCAAAUACAUUAAGAAGAACUACAGUUCGAUGGUGCCCAAAGCAGUUUCUGUUAAGCCACUACAGACUGACGUCGAAGGUCUUAACAUAGCUGAGGAUGUCACUCAGCUUAUUGGAAAAACUCCUAUGGUCUAUCUAAAUAAAAUUGUAAAGGGGAGUGUUGCAAACAUUGCCGCAAAGCUUGAGAUUAUGGAACCAUGUUGCAGUGUUAAGGACAGGAUAGGCUAUAGUAUGAUAGAUGAUGCGGAGAAAAGAGGAGCUAUAACACCUGGAAAGAGCAUUCUUGUGGAACCUACAAGUGGAAACACAGGCAUUGGCCUUGCCUUUAUAGCUGCUUCAAAAGGGUAUAAACUCAUAUUAACUAUGCCAGCAUCCAUGAGUAUGGAAAGAAGGGUUCUCUUAAAAGCAUUUGGAGCUGAGCUCAUUUUAACUGACUCAGCAAAAGGCAUGAAGGGAGCAGUACAAAAAGCUGAAGAAAUUUUGCAGAACACACCUAAUUCCUAUAUGCUUCAACAAUUCGAUAACGCUGCAAAUCCUAAGGUACACUAUGAGACAACUGGACCAGAAAUCUGGGAAGAUACAAGAGGGAAGGUGGAUAUUUUUGUUGCAGGUAUUGGAACCGGUGGAACAAUUACUGGAGUAGGUAGAUUUCUUAAGGAGAAGAAUCCCAACAUUAAGGUCAUUGGUGUAGAACCUACGGAAAGCAACAUACUUUCAGGUGGAUCGCCAGGUCCUCAUAAGAUUCAAGGGAUUGGAGCUGGUUUCAUACCCGGGAAUUUGGAUCAAAAUGUGAUUGAUGAAGUCAUAGAGAUAUCAAGCGAAGAAGCUAUUGAAUCUGCAAAGCAAUUAGCACUGCAGGAAGGUUUAAUGGUCGGCAUAUCUUCUGGAGCCGCUGCUGCAGCUGCAAUGAAGGUCGGAAAGAGACCAGAAAAUGCUGGGAAGCUGAUUGCGGUUGUUUUCCCGAGCUUCGGCGAGCGAUAUUUAUCGACAGUUCUUUUCCAGACAAUCCGAGAUGAAUGUGAGAAAAUGCAACCUGAGGCAUGAUUCUCCUUUAAAAUUUCAUCCUGUUUCAGUAUUAUCUUCUGUGUGUAUCAUUUAUUGGAUGUGGAACUAUGAGUAUCCUCGUAAAUUAAUAAGUGGGUUUACAAGGUAAAUCCUUGAUCUGAAACUUUCCAUGCAUUUUUUAAUGGUUAAGUUAUGUAUUUUUCUUCAA